AUGGCAGCAACAAUGAACACCGUGACGACGCUCCCUGAUGGCCAGCAGAUGCUGAUGGAGCCUGUAACUGGCCAGUUCCCCCAAGUCACCCCCGGCACCGUGCAGCCGGGUCCCUUGACCCAGCCACCAGGCCCCGGCUACAUGUAUGCUGCGCCGCCAGGAACGGAGGCUGCACCCGGCCCAGGUUACAUGUAUGCCGUCCCCACAGCGACUGAGCCCGUCCCCACAGAGCUUCCAGCUGACGCUGCUCCCGGCCCGGGCUACAUCUUCGCUGCUCCCGAGGGUGUGCCACCUGGCGCAAUGUACGCCGCCCCUGCGGCCACCGAAGUGCCACCCGGUGCAAUGUACGCCGCACCCGCGGCCACCGAAGUGCCACCCGGUGCAAUGUACGCGGCCCCCGCGGCCACCGAAGUGCCAUUCGGUGCAAUGUACGCUGCUCCCGCGGCUAUGGAGGGUGCAAUGUACGCCGCCCCUGCUGCCAGCGAGGGUGCAAUGUAUGCUGCUCCCAUCGGUGAGGGUAGUGAGGGGCAGCCAGCACCGGCGCCGAUGCUUGGACAGACCAUCAUGGGAAACACUUACCAGGUCAAAAUCCCAGUGGACAGCAUGAGGGAUGAAAGCGGCGCCACGAUGACGCAGUGGCCCGCGGCCUUCAAGAAGAUCCAGGUGGACGGUGAGACCCAGUACGUCGCAGGGAAGACCGAGGAGGUCGAUGGACCGGCGCAGGUCGGCACUCAGCGCGUGGAGCAGACCGUGGCUGGGCAGGUGAAGCAGCAGAUCGUGGAGAUCCCGCAAGUCCAGGAGGUUGUCGAGGAGCAGGAAAUCCCUGAGGUGCAAGUCGUGCAGAAGAUGGUCGAGGUUCCACAGAUCGUCCAGCAGGAAGUGGAACAGAUCGUGGAGCAAGUUGUCCAGGUGCCGGAGAUCAUUCACCAGCCCAAAAUCUCUCACCGCCACGUGGAGCAGAUUGUUGACAUUCCAGUGCCUCAGACGGUUGAGGAGGUGGUCCACGUUCCGGUUACACAGACCCAAAUGCGCCACCAUCAUGUCCAUGUCGAGCAGCAAGUGGAGAUUCCCGUCCAGAUGAUGCAGGAGCAGACCGUGCACGUGCCGAAGGUGGUGACCCAGAAGCGUCAGACUCAUCAGCACGUCGAGCAGAUUGUCGAGGUCCCCGUGCCCAUGACGCAGGAGGAGGUCGUCCACGUCCCCAAGAUCAUCACGCAGACCAGAGUGCAGCAGGAGCGGGUCGAGCAGAUGAUCGAGGUGCCCAUUCCGAUGCAACAGGAGGAGGUCGUGCAUGUUCCCAAGAUCGUCACGCAGCCUCGGAUUGUGCACCAGCAGGUCGAGCAGAUCGUGGAGGUGCCCGUGCCCAUGACGCAGGAGGAACAGGUCCACGUGCCCAAGGUCAUUACCCAGACCCGUAUCCGUCACCAGCCCGUGGAGCAAGUCGUCGAGGUGCCGGUGCCCAUGACUCAAGAGGAGCAGGUCCACGUGCCCAAGAUUAUCACCCAGACGCGCGUCCGUCACCAGCCGGUCGAGCAGAUUGUUGAGGUGCCGGUGCCCAUGACGCAGGAGGAGCAAGUCCACGUGCCCAAGAUCAUCACCCAGACUCGCCAGAUCCACCAACAUGUGGAGCAGCAGGUCGAGGUGCCUGUACCCAUGAGCCAGGAGACCGUCGUGCACGUCCCGAAGGUCGUGACCCAGACGCGAGUCAUGCACCAACAUGUUGAGCAGGUGGUCGAAGUGCCGAUGAUGCAGGUCCAGGAGCAGGUCGUCCACGUGCCGAAGAUCAUUGAGCAGGAGCGGGUGAUGCACCAACACGUGGAGCAAGUGGUCGAGGUCCAUGUGCCCAUGACGCAGGAGCAGGUGGUCCAUGUGCCGAAGGUGAUUCAGCAGGAACGCGCCCACCACUUCCACGUCGAGGAGAUUGUGGAUGUCCCGGUGGAGCAGCGCGUCGAGCAAAUCGUGCAUGUUCCGAAGGUCCAGAAGGUGGAGAAAAUCGUCCACAACCCUGUCGACCUCGAGGUCGAAGUGCCUCGUCCCGUCGUCAUCGAGAAGACGGUCCAGGUGCCGACAGUCCACGUUGAGGAGAAGGUGAUCAAGGUGCCGAAGGUGCUGAACACAGUGGUGGACACCGUGGUUCAAAACACCGUGGAAACGGUCGAAGUCGUGAAGCCGGUGGUGGUUCACAAGGUGGUGCAGCGAAAGAAGCCGAUCGUGCAGGAGGACAUCGUGCAGAUUCCGAAGGUGAUGGUGCAGCAUGUUCCGGUCCAGAAGGUGGUGGAGAAGCAGGUGUCGGUUCCUGUGGUGCAGGAGGUUGAGCAGAUUGUCGAUGUGCCUGUUGUGAAACACAGGCAGGUGCCAAUGGUCCAGAAAGUGGAGAAGCAGAUCCAGGUGCCUCAGGUGGAGUACACCGACCACCACAUUGAAGUCCCUGUUCACAAGCAGGUGCACGUGCCCAUGAUCCAGACGGUCACGAAAGAGGUGGAGGUGCCGCAGGUGGUCUUCGAGGAGGAGGUCGUCCAGGUCCCUAUCCAGAAGCAGGUGCACGUCCCGGUGGUGCAGAAGGUCCAGAAGACUGUGGAGGUUCCUCAGGUCCAGUACGAGGACCAGGUGGUUCAGGUACCCAUCCAGACGCAGGUGCAGGUGCCCAUCGUCCAGAAGGUUCAGAAAACCGUGGAGGUGCCCCAGAUCCAGUAUGAGGACCAGAUCGUGGAGGUACCCGUGCAGAAGCAGGUGCAGAUCCCUAUGGUCCAAACUGUGCAGAGGCAGAUCGAAGUGCCGCAGCUCCAAUAUGAGGACCAGGUCGUGGAGGUGCCCGUCCAAAAGCAGGUGCAGAUCCCCAUGGUCCAAACUGUGCAGAGGCAGAUCGAAGUGCCGCAGAUCCAGUACGAGGACCAGGUCGUUGAGGUGCCCGUCCAGAAGCAGGUGCAGAUCCCCAUGGUGCAGACUGUUCAGAGGCAGAUUGAAGUGCCUCAGCUCCAGUACGAGGACCAGGUCGUGCAAGUGCCCGUCCAGAAGCAGGUGCACGUGCCCAUGGUGCAGCAGGUGCAGAGGGAGGUCGAAGUCCCCCAGAUCCAGUACGAGGACCAAGUGGUGCAGGUGCCCAUCCAGAAGCAGGUCCAGGUCCCCAUGGUCCAGACUGUGGAGAAAACCGUGGAGGUCCCUCAGAUCCAGUAUGUCGACAAGGUGGUGGAGAUGCCGGUCCACAAGCAUGUUCAUGUGCCAAUGGUCCAGACCGUGAACCGCGAGAUUGAGGUUCCCCAGAUUGAGUACAUUGAUCAGCACGUCCACAUCCCAAUCCAGAAGCACCGCCACGUGCCGGUGCAAGUUCCAGUUGAGCGCCCGGUGGAGGUCAAUGUGAUCGAGACCACGGAGAAGGUGGUGGACAUCCCUGUCGUGAAGCAGCGGGAAGUGCCCCAGGUCCAGACCAUCGAGAGGAUCGUGGAGGUCCCCAUGGUACAGGUGGUCCAGAAGGUUGUGGAGAUUCCACAGGAGGGGCAAACUAUGCAGGGAACUGUCCGUGAAGUGGACAUCCCAGGAGAGCAGCGCCGCGAGGAGCAGCCCACGCAGACUGUGCAGCAGGUCCUGGCUGGCCCAGAUCACCCGAUGGAGGUCGUUCAGGGCCAGGUCACGGACGUGCCACAGGUGCCCACGACGACCACCGUCGGCGAGCCUGUCUACCUGCCUCCCAUCACAGCCGAGGCGGCUCCUGUGACCAUGGUCUCUGAGGCAAGCCAACCCCCUCCUGGAGCCGUCUUCGCAGCUCCAAUGAUGCAGGCCCCAGCAACCACGACGGUUGGCGAGCCGGUCUACCUCCCACCCAUCACGGCUCCGGCCGAGGCCGCUCCACAGACGAUCAGCACCAUGCCGCCGCAGGGCGCCGUCUUCGCAGCCCCUGCUGCUCAGGUCCCAACCACGACGACCAUUGGCGAGCCGGUCUACCUUCCCCCUAUCACGGCUCCGGCAGAGGGCGCUCCGCAGACCAUCGGCACCAUGCCGCCGCAGGGCGCUGUCUUUGCAGCUCCUGCUGCUGCGGUUCCGACCACCACCACGAUUGGCGAGCCGGUUUACCUCCCGCCUGUCACAGCUCCUGCAGAGGGCGCCCCGCAAACCAUCGGCACCAUGCCGCCGCAGGGCGCUGUCUUUGCAGCCCCGACUCAGGCGGUUCCUACCACGACCACGAUUGGCGAGCCGGUCUACCUGCCUCCUGUUACGGCUCCUGCCGAGGCCGCUCCGGGGACCAUGGGUGCCAUGCCACCGCAGGGAGCCAUCUUCGCAGCCCCUGCUCCUCAGGCGGCGAUGAUGACAACAAUCGGUGAUCCAGUCUACCUUCCUCCCAUCACGGCUCCGGCUCAGGGAGCAGCUCAGAUGGCCCCUGGUACCAUCUAUGGCGCGCCGCCGACACAGGGUGCCGUGUUCGCAGCCCCUGGAAUGGCUCCCCCUGGUGCCGUCUUUGCGGCACCCGCACAGGCCGGUGGCUACUUCGCCGCGCCGAUGACCCAGGCUCCCAUGACCCAGGUCCCCGGCACCGCCGGUGCAACGGGCGCGGACAUGUUCACGAUGAUGGACACCAACCAUGAUGGUGUCGUCUCCAGGGAAGAGUUUGCCAGGGCGCUCCAGUCCGGCAGCGUGGCCCCAAUCCCCUCUGAGCCGACCCAGGCUCAGUGA